AUGGUUGAUAAUGCAGCUGGGGGUGCUAUGUUAGAAAGGACACCUGAUGAGAUUUAUAACAUCUUUAAGAUAGAAAAUAUGUAUGACCAAACAAAUUUGAUGGAUUCUUACCAACCUAUGCAUCCUAUGAAUGACCUUUAUUCCAACACAUAUAAUACAGGUACACCUAAAAAUGAUGGAUUAGUGCAAAUCAAUAAGGAAAGCAUACAAAAGGAAGAAAAAGUAGAGCCUAAUCUUAGGCUUGAGAAGAAAGAAAAGGAAGCAUUUUCUGGACCUGAAUUUCAUAAGGCAGCUCAGCCUUAUAGACCCCCUAUUCCUUUUCUAAACCAACCAAAAGAGAGCAAAAAGGACAAAAAAAAUUUUGAAAAUAUUGAGAUGCUCUCUAAAGUUAAUACUAACUUACCUUUGUUGGAUGUUAUCAGGAAUAAACCAGCUUAUGCAAAAUUCUUUGAAGAGCUGAACACCAACAAAAGACGAUAUGCGAACAAUGAAAAAGUACAAGUAGCAAGUAUAAUGCUUCAACAUCAAUUGCCCCUUAAGAUGAAGGAUCAUGGUAGCUUCACCAUUGAUAUUACAAUAGGUGAUAAAAAACAUAUAAAAGCCAUGUUAGAUUUGGGAGCAAGCAUCAACUUGAUGCCUUAUUCGAUGUAUGAACGACUUGGCUUGGGAGAGUUAAAGCCUACCACUAUGUCUCUACAAUUUGCAGACAGAUCGAUAAAAUACCCUAGAGAUAUAGUGGAAGACUUGCUAGUGCAAGUAGGUAAAUUAAAAAUUUCAGUUGAUUUUGUAGUACUUGACAUGGAAAAUGCACCAACAAGGGAUAAAGAGCAAACCAUACUCCUUGGUAGACCUUUCAUGGCAACUACUAGAACUGUGAUUGAUAUGCAUGAUGGAAAACUUACCAUGACAGUUUUAGGAGAAAUUGUGGAAUUUAAAAGUUUUCGUGACACUUUAGAUGUUCGCAUUAAAAGUAUAAAGCCAUACUUAAAAGGAAUGGCUUAUGACGAAGAGGUGGAGUGCGCGGAUGAACGCUCACCAUGA